AUGAUAUCCGGCUCUGAUGAGUACAAUGAUCCUUACAAGAUCGAUAUAACUUUAGACGAUGACGACGAUGAUGACGAGGACAACCACCGUAAAUUGUUUUUCGAAGAAGGGCUUGGUGCACUCUUAAGCGACCCACACUUUUUAUUGCUCCAUGUGCCUGACAAUGAAACCAAGAAGAUGCAAAUCAUACGACCUGCCAAUGACUCAUACCAUCGCAAACGUAUGAUCAAAAGGAUAAACGAAGCGAAACCCAUUCCAUCUUUCUAUUACGCGUUGUCGCAUCUUUGGGGGAUCACAAAAGACUACAAACACUUGUGGUACGACGUUGGCGAUCACGUGGAUGAUGAAAAUGGGGAGCCAGUGGAACCGGUUUCUAUGCGACCAGAAAAACGUGAUACGUUGUUACUAUUGCUAAAAAACCAUCCUGACAGCUAUUGGUGGAUUGAUGUCUUAUGCGCACGCACUGAUACGCCCUUGGAUAUCAUGGGAGACAUUUACGCUUGUUGCCUUGCAUGCUAUGCUAUGAUCGAUUGUCAUGCGAAGGUCAUAUCACAACUCUGCAUUGAACGGGAUGAUGAGCCAAAGAACCUCGACGAUGCUGCUUGGAAGUUUGCCAAUACCGGUGAUGUGGACUUUGUGAUACCUUAUAAACAAUAUUAUGAGCAAGACGCGCCACGUAUUAUUGAUUUAUUACGCAUCUUGAUGGAAAGCAAAUGGUGGCAGCGUGUUUGGACUUGGCAGGAAAUGGCUCUACCUAUCGGCGACGUGCAUCUUCUCUCAGAAGAAACAACCACGCAUAGAUGUCAAAACAUAACAAUAAUCCUGGAGGAUACAAGGCAGCUUGCAGGAGUGAUAUUUACGUUAUACUAUGCCUUUGAAACAGCAAACGAUUUUGAGCCCAGGUGGUUAGAGCCUGUAUACAAUUGGGUUAACGAGAUGGCCUCAACUCGGAAAUAUAACAAAGAUCGCAUCAAAAGGAGAAAGAGCGCCCUAAGGUUUUCCUAUCUAAUUGAGUCAUUGAGUUCUUCAACAAGGCGGUGCAUGGAUCCGGUUGAUUAUGUCUAUGGUGUGUUGGGUUUAUUUCGCUUUAAAAUCCCAAGGAUGACCGAUCCAGAUGCAGUUUGGCAGCAUUUCCUGACCGAGCUUGAAAUAUAUGUGGAAGACAUCAAGAACGAGUGUUUUACCCAAACCCGCUUUGUGAACAUGAUUCAUCGCCAUUGUAAAAGCGAAAUCACUGGGAUUAACAAGAACGCGCAGCUUGUCAACUUGCUGACUGCUCAAAAUAUGGCUGAUGUAUACGGCGAUUUGAUAACGAUCGUGGAUAUGGAUUAA